UUCCAGUCAUAUUUCCCGGCAGGACUUGCUCGACAUAAUUAUCCUACUCAGAAGCCAAUCAUACAAGUCAGAACAUCAAAUGAAGAACCGACGUAUCGUUGGUCCGCUAGAUCAGCGUAAAAAGUUAACCCGCUGCCAAUCAUGUGCAAGGAGACGCAUCAAGUGCCAAGGGGGCACACCCUGCGAAUAUUGCGUCCGUAUGAAGAAACACUGCCAGCCACAAGCUGUUGCAAUGUCCGAGCUGAAGUUUGUCAGCCACUCAGUGCUUCAACAAAGGAGCAAGCUACAGCCGCAAAUCAGCGAGAAGCCCGACAGUACAUACUUGAAGACCUUCUUCUUGUUUCUUCAACGUUGUGAAUUCACACCCGAGUUCGCAAAUUUAGGCUCUGACUUUCUGCCUCUGAUUCAAACAUGUGCACCACUGCGAGAGGCAACAGUUGCGAUUGCUGCCCUGGAAAUCAGUAGAUCCCCGAAUGCAAGGUCUUUCGAUGAGCUUCCAUCCCCAUACCACUUCGCAUUGAAAUCAUAUAGCAAGUCACUUGCAAGCCUUCAGCACUACCUCCGAUCACCAGACGCCUUACAUUGCCAAGGUGUUCUUUGGUGUACAUUACUUCUUGGCUUGUUCGAGUUGAUGAUUGAAGUGUCUGGAGGCCAGUGGGCUAAACAUAUGCUCUAUGGCACAUCGAGGAUAUUUCAGCUUUCUGGGGCGGAGAGUCGUUCCGAUUAUCUCGGCUGUCAGUCUUUUGAAACUUUCAGACUGUUAGAGGGAAAUCGAGCAAUUCUCUAUGGUGAAGACACUGUUUUAUCCGACUAUCAGUGUAUGGACCGACAUGGAUCUCAUAGCAUGGCAUCAUCAAGCCCAUUAGACGAAAUCCUUGAUUUUAUGGUGAAGGUUUCUUCUUUCAGUAAAAGUUUUUUCUACCAAAUUGAGUCAAUUUCAGAAUACCAGCGACACAGUCAUCCGGAUCUGGACAUACUGGCGUCAAAAAGUUGUCGUUUCCAGUACGAACUUCAGUCUUGGUACUCCCAACGCAGAGCAUCCAUGAAGUCAGCUGGACCGUAUGGAAAGCUUGCAUUGGCAAAUUACCAUGCCCUUCAGUUGUUUCUCUGCAGGAACUUCACUUUCUAUGACUGCUGGGACAUGAGAAUCAUCCCUGUCCUUACUUCUAGUGAGAUUGAAACUCAUGUCACUGGUGUGAUUUCUCAUUGCUCUGAAGUCCUUGAACAUUCUCACAUCGCUGGAGUGUUGGCGAUAUUUCCACUCCGAAUGGCGGGUGCGAACUCUACGGAUUCCCGAGAGAGGAAGGAGAUUAUAAGGCUGCUGGACUUAAUAUCACAGAAAGGAUUUGUUGUGUCGGGGAGGAUCAAGGUUGAUUUAGUGGAGCUAUGGGAAUAUUACUACUUGAACAGUAAAGUAGGGGACUCGGUCUAAACGGCUUGAUAUGUAGAUUUAAGCUUUCAGGUCAUAAGCCUAAAC